CAUUAUAAAAGAUCCAUUCUCAAGCAUUUACAGGUACUAUUCCAAUUUUUUUGGUCCAAAAACUAACAUAAAUUCAAUCUCAAAAUUUCAUCAUCCCAAACUUUCAUCAAUGCCCACAUCGGAAAUUCAAGAAGUUCUUCCACCAUUUUUGAGUUCUAAUUCUGACCCACCUGCUCUAUUCGAUGGAACUACCAGGCUAUACGUAACCUACUACUGCCCUUUUGCCCAACGUGCCUGGUUAACGCGAAAUUAUAAGGGAUUACAUGAUAAAAUUCAAUUAGUUCCGAUUGAUCUAGAUGAUAGACCAACUUGGUACAAAGAGAAAGUCAACCCAGCUAAUAAGGUGCCUGCUUUAGAACACAACAACAACAUCAUUGUAGAAAGUCUUGAUCUAAUCAAAUACAUUGAUGCCAAUUUUGAAGGACCCUCACUUUUCCCUGAUGAUCAUGCUAAGAAAGAAUAUACAGAGGAGUUGUUUGUCUAUAGUGAUAAAUGGAACCCAACUCUUUUCUUCUACCUAAGAGGAACCAAAUCUGAGGAUGAAAUGAGGGCUGCUUUCGACAAAUUCGAAGAGCUUCUGUCGAAAUAUAAUCAUGAAGGGCCUUUCCUCCUUGGUGCACAGUUCAGCGCGGCUGAUGUUGUGUAUGCCCCCUUUCUACAAAGAUAUCUUCCACUUUUUAUAGAUUUGCACAAGUAUGACAUUACAGAAGGAAGGCCUAAGCUCGCUGCUUGGCUCAAGGCAUUAGACACAAUUGAGGCCUUCCAACAAACUAAAUGGGAUGAGGAGCAAAAUGUAAAGAUUUACAAGAGGCGCAACCUGGGUAUAGUCUGAAGUCUGAAUCAUGUAAUUUUCGAUUUCAAUUCGAAGAUCAUGUCUGGCUAACACCAGCUCAAUUUAUGCUUAAAAGUUCCUACUGAUGUUUCUCAGAAGUUGUUGUUGAUCAAUAAAGAAGUUCUUUUGUUGUAUUAAUUUUGUACCAAUUGUAAGACCUGUUAUUUAUGCAGUAUUCAGCCAUGGGCAAUGUAGCAGGAUUGAAUUUGUAUUGUAUAUGUAGAUAUGUCAUCUAAUGUGUGCUCAUCAUAAUCACUGAACAAUUGUGCUUGUUUGCAUUAUUUAUUUGUUUUUUUGACAA